AUGCCCUCAAUAUCGCUCACAGGGCUUCCGCCUGACCUCCUGCUGCAGAUUCUGCAGGAAUUGACCGUCGAGAACAUCCUCAUCCUUCGCUCGACAUGUAGUAUCCUCUCAGAUGUGACCCGUGAGCGCAGCGUGUGGCAUUCUGCGCUGUUACGUCUUGUCAUACAACCCGGGCUUCCUGUGCCGAGUCUUCCGAAGGGAUGGGCACUUGCCUCCUUAUCAGCAAGCCAGCUUGAGACGUUGACCAUCCGGGCAUUGCGGUUGCGCCGGAACUGGACAUCCUCCAGACCGACAUGUACAAUGUCUGUUGAGUUGAACCCUCCCGGACUACCGCCGUCCGCUCAAGCGCGGAAUGUCGCCGUUCAUCAUCUGCCAGGGAGGGGAAACCGUUGGCUUCUCACUGUGACGUUCUACGAUCAACCGGCUGCACCUCGCAAAUACGUCAUCCAUUGCUGGGAUAUCUCAAGAGAGACGCAUAGAUGCGCUGCCACCCUGCGGUGCAUGAAUAUGAUGGGUCUUGUUGUCAACUCUGACCCAAACUACUCCGGCGUACUGGCUCUCACCCGCCGCGGCCCGUCAGACAUAGUGACCACGUCUGUGUUCUCGCUCAACUUCAUAGAAACACAAGACAAGGAAAUGACCUUUACUCCAAUCCAAGAAUUUGCUAGUUACCGACGGGCUAUCGCGCUGGAGGGCUCUAUCUUUGUUGUGACCGACUCCGACAAUAUCAUCCGCCUCAUCGACAUUGACACAGGAGACCUGCUGUGCACACUGCAGGUGCCGUUAGAGCACGACGAUCCAACCCUGCGUAACGAGGAACACAGGUGUCUGGCCGUAUCCUUGCAGGGCGGAUACGCACUCGCCUUCCGUAGACAAUGGAUUCACCUAUACAGACUCCCCAAUAGAACAGCGCCUGCUCCUUCGACGCUCGAGCCCAGCAUCCCACGCGCAUGCGACCCGAUCGCAAGCCAUAAAUGGAAUUGGCGAAUCGACAGUCUCGUCAUCUGUCCCCGCCGAUCCCAUCUACCCCAAGCUCCCUUCAGCGAACACACACAAGAAACCUCUUUCCCGCCAAUUGACAUCCUCGUACGGCUCGACACUUGGUUUCCCUGGCCCGUCAACAUUCUGCAACACUACGUCCUUCAUUCCAACUCAGCCAAUGGAUACCUCUCACCAUCUCACCUGCCUUACCUUUUCUCAAGUUCGCCCAGCGAUGGUCCGGUCAUAAUCCGCUCCUUUCCGUCGCCCAUCCGGCUGUUCACUCCGUCGGACAUGGUCCUCGGCCCGUACGGCACUGCGCUCUGGCUGGACGCACAGAGCGCGGACAGCGGGCCGGCGCAGGUAGGCGAUCAGGGGCAGCGCAUUGCGGGGCAGAUGCUCAACAAUCCUGAUGACACCACUUCCUCUGCGAUGGCAUCAGCGGCACGUACGCAAGAUGAUGUACUCAGCUCUGGGCAUGUUAAACACCAAGCUGAUGAGGAUGGAGAGAACGCCGCGGUGGAGGCGCCGCGGAGCUCUACGUCCGCACAGUGCAUGACGUUCCAGAUCCAGGAGGAGCACGAUGGGUGGAAUAGAAUUGCAUUGAACGAGGAGGAGGGCCGGAUCGCCGUUGGGACGAUUGAUGGGAGGGUUUUCUUGUUUGAGUAUCUUCCGCCUGACACGGCAUCGCUGGCAUAG